CAAACCCACAAAAAAUAUUUGCAACAAGAGAUCAUCUCAUCUGAGCUCUAAGAAUCUGUUAAACAUAUCAAGGGCAAUGGAGAGCAAACCAGUAUACUUUCUGGUGGCGAUAAUUAGCAUGGUGGUGGUGGGGAUGAAUGGCGGCGCAGAGGGCGCAAUAUCGUGCUCAAUGGUGGUGUCUGAUGUAGUUCCGUGCCUUUCAUACGUUUCAGGGAGCGCUGCUCAACCGACUCAGGGAUGCUGUAAUGGAAUUAGGUCUCUAAAUUCCGGUGCCAAAACGACCGCCGACAGACAGGCCGUAUGCAAUUGCAUAAAGUCCGCUGCCUCCUCGUACCAGUCUAACUAUGCAAGGAUUGGGAAAUUGCCUGCUGCCUGUGGGGUUAAUCUCGGCUUUGCCAUUACCCCCUCGCUUAACUGCGCCACGAUUCGCUGAGAUCUGCGUAGGGCGUUGCAGGAGAGGAGGGAUAUAUAGAUGAAUCAGGUUGUGUUGUUAGUAGUGGUGUCAGAUAAUAAAGUAGCUCUUUGAAGCUGCAGACCUCGCCUAGAAAUAUCCAUAGUUUUUAGUGAAAUAUAAUGAACUGAGACUGGAAUAUAUUUCAGUCAAAUGUUUUCUAUAUAGAGUCAAAAUAGUUGAAAUGAUUGUUACAGGUAAAGACUAGAGUUGAAGUAUUGUUGUAAGGUUUUAUAGUAGUGAGAUAUAAUAAGAUUGGAAGAUUGGCUUA